AUGGGGACCCCUACCAUUCCAAUUCCGAUCUCAUACGUAUCUGGCAGAUACCUGCUCUUCUCCAUUGAUGCCGUCACAUACCUGCGACGCGAGCACCACAUCUGCGGCGUGUUGAUCGGGACUCUCCCACAAAUACCACAGCAGAAUGUGUUCCUGGGUCUGCCGUUGGAACUGAUGCCCGAGGAGGCGCGGCUUUUGGUGGACAAGGGUGUAGCUUGCAUCGUAGACGAAACAAAGGCACACGAUAGCAUGAAAUCUCUCCUCGAGGAAGACCGCCGCCAGUACCUACGCGAACUAGACUCCCAGGGCCUUAACGCCUCCCGCAAACUGUCGGACCGCAAGGGCCAGCAACGGGAACAAGUGUUGAAGAAACUAGAUGAGAAGGCCAAGGCUAAAGCGAUCAAGGCCUUGGAGAAUGAGGGUGAAGCAGAUACCCCGCCCACGCCCACGCCCACGCCCUCGGUGCUCGGUGAAGAGCGGUCGAGCAGCAGGUCCUCCAACCGCACAUCUGGUCAUACAAUGGCCAUGGGCGUCACCCCAACAACUUCCUAUCCUCCAUUAGCCCAACCGACCUCAUCACAACAUCUCCCGCCACCUAAUGUACCUCUCUCCUACCCGCUCUUCGCCCAUCUGUCCUCGCGCGGCUACUUCCUCUCCCCUGGUCUGCGAUUCGGUUGCCAAUAUGUGGCGUACCCCGGUGAUCCGUUACGAUUCCACGCGCACUUCCUCUGUGUGUCCGCAGAGUGGGAUGAAGAGAUUGACUUGAUGGCCAUCGUCAAUGGAGGCAGACUGGGCACUGGUGUGAAGAAGGGCUUCCUUUUGGGCGGACCAGAAAAGCCCCGGGCUGAAGCUGAAAGUGAAGCUGAACGAGUGGAAAAUGUGCGCACAUUCAGUAUUGAGUGGGCAGGCAUGUGA